AUGAACGGGCAGUACGUUCCAGUUGAAGUACACCGUUCGGAUGGAAAUCUUGUCUCAUACUGGGGGAACACAUCGGAUGGAUUGAAAGAGAUCACUAACUAUGUGACCGAUCUACUCAAUAUUGAUGUAUCAGAAGUCAGGGCUUCGAAGGAAUCUUUCCACCUGAUUGAAUGGGUGAACAGAAGACAAAAGACACCAUUGAAAAAAGUCGUUUACAUGGACUGGGGUGUCAUUCCAUCAAAAGAUGAAAUGAUUUAUAUUCUGAGGGAUUGCACAACUUUAUCUGAAAUAGACAUUCGCUCAGAUGAUCCACCCAAUUUCCGUUUCUCGGGAAAUUUCCGAAAAAUCGAUUGCUUAGAUAUCUGCCAUGGACAAUGGGUGACAAUCGAUAACCUAUUGACAAUGGAUGGAAUUGUUAUUAAUCUGAAAAAGUCUACCCUGACUAACAAUGAUUUAAAUGUCUUUCUGAAGCACUGGCUGUCUGGAGGGUGUCCUCGAUUGAAACUAUUCUGCGCUAGAAUUGGUUCUGUAGAUAUCUUUCGAGUCCUCGCUGGCUUACGGCAUAACGUCGUUCGUGUGGAGAAUCGUCGAGACUACAACAGCCCCUUCGGACACAAAUGGACUUUGUGGAAAGGAUAUGACAUCAAACGUGCGGAUGGUGUGACAGCUACAGUAAGCUAUCAGCCACCGGGAGGCUUCGUCGUUGCUGUUUGGCCAGAGACCAUUCAUAAUUAUAAUUGA